AUGAGGCCCAGCAGAAGAAGUACCUGGGAAGAAUGACCGAGGAGCCGCUCAUGUGUGCAUACUGUGUAACUGAACCCGGAGCUGGAUCGGAUGUGGCCGGUCUGAGGACGAGAGCAGAGAAGAAGGGCAACGAGUACAUCAUCAACGGACAGAAGAUGUGGAUCACCAACGGAGGCAAAGCCAACUGGUACUUCCUAUUGGCUCGCACAAAUCCCGACCCUAAGGCUCCAACUGGAAAAGCUUUUACUGGGUUUAUUGUAGAGGCAGAUAGUCCUGGAGUACAAAUUGGGAGAAAGGAGAUGAACAUGGGUCAGCGGUGCUCGGACACCAGGGGGAUCGUGUUUGAAGACGUCCGUGUUCCUGCUGAAAACGUCCUAAUUGGAGAAGGAGCCGGUUUUAAAAUUGCCAUGGGGGCGUUUGAUAAGACCCGGCCACCGGUGGCAGCCGGAGCUGUGGGAUUAGCUCAGAGGGCGCUGGAUGAAGCCACAAAGUAUUCUCUGGAGAGGAAAACCUUCGGAAAAGUCCUGGCUGAGCAUCAAGCAGUGUCCUUCUUAUUGGCCGAGAUGGCGAUGAAAGUGGAGCUGUCCCGCUUGGCGUAUCAAAGGGCAGCCUGGGAGGUGGACUCGGGCAGAAGGAACACCUACUACGCCUCCAUUGCCAAGGCAUACGCCGGAGAUAUCGCCAAUCAGGUGGCUUCAGACGCUGUUCAGAUAUUUGGAGGAAACGGAUUUAACAGUGAUUAUCCUGUGGAGAAGCUCAUGAGGGAUGCAAAAAUCUACCAGAUCUAUGAAGGUACAGCCCAGAUCCAGAGACUCAUCAUUUCUCGGGAACAUUUCGGCAAGUACAAGGAUUGAAGUAUUCACUCAGGACCGAACGUCUUCCUUCACCCUCGGCCUUAAUGACAAGUUUGGCGUCUGCGCUGCAGGAGUUUCGUUACUUUGUAUCACUGCACUGUAGGACUGGCUGCAGAUUGGCGGCUUCUUGAUUGCGUCCAGCUUGCUCUUCUGAGUGU